AUGAUUCAGGCCUGUGCCAUCAAAGAGAUCGUCACCUGCGCAAAGAAAGACCAGGCGCACAAUCCGACUCCAGUUGCGGCAGACGCGGCCACACCUGUUCUUACCCGUCAAUCACAGCGCGCGGAGGACUCCGCGGGCAGGACCGGAAACAGCAGCACCGCGCAGGCCGCGCGCACUACCGGACAGAACGCACAGGCGCCGCCCCGCAAGAAUCUACCGAAGCUGCAAAAAUCUGUCCGUGUAGGUACGAUGUAUGCAAAAUGGGAUGAUAUGGGGGCGGAACGGAACGGGAUGGGUGGAGUGGAACGAGAUGGGAGUGGUACACUAUGA